CCCAUCCUCUCAAGACAUCGUCCUCCGCAGGCUCUACCCACGGCAGCUCAAGCGAUGGAGCUCACAUCCACGGGCUGUUGAGCUACGUCUCUACGAUGACGCGCGGCGCUCUCACUCGCAAUCGCAACCACUCGCGGGCGGGACAAGGGAGCAGCCCUGAUCUAAAGGCAGCCAUCCUGGGAACCUUGUCCUCCGUCAGUGCAAUCAGGUACCAGAGCCAAUCGUAUGCUGCCGCAAUGGCGGGUCAUCUGAACCACCACGAUCAGCAGCAGCAGUCGGAAGACGAAAUAGAUGAACUCGCAAGCAUCGACGAACUCGACGACCUCGAUCAUCUUCCGACAGCAUCUACUCCUCCGCAUGCCCAGCUACCGCCUUUCGAACCCACAGCCGAAUACGCCAACAUGGCCAAUGAGGCGGAUACGGAUGACUGGCAGCCGCAGACCCCACCUCUGCCUCCGCAAUGGCAGGUGGAGGUAUCGUCUCUUCCGAAUCUACCCACAACCUCUCACCUCUCAGCGCAGAACGAGACCCGAGAGAGCGUCCCCUCGCCUGAUGCUCAGCUAGAGAGCAAAACGCCGGGCCCCUGUCGCUUCGCUGAUGAUACCGAGUAUCGGACGCUGGAGACUCACAUGCCGUCUCCUUCACCGAAAUCUAGUAUGGCAAUCAAGCAGAAGAGCCAGAGUGCUCCGGAUAGCCCUGCCCCUACCUCUUCGGAGCCAAAUGUAUCGCUGCCCUCAUCCCCCGCUAAGGCGCAAGCGCAAGAGGUCGAAUACGAGCCAAAGGAGGAGGUUAUGGAUGAUGACGUACCUCGCAAGUCGCUCUUUGAUAUCGAGGAUGCGGAAGAGACGCAGAGAAUCGAAGAGAUGUACGCGCUCCUUACCGCAACCAAGCAAGAAGCCGACUCGGAUGCAGAGUCCGACGAAAGCGAUGCAGCCUACGAGGCCCGAAGACAGCGGAAGCUGCUCGAGAAUCAGCGUCUGCUAGCUCAACUCGGGCUCGGACCUCAAGCGCCGGUGGAAGAGCAAGAGUCUGCUCCUCCCUCUCCUAGCGGAUCGAACGUCAUGCUUGGCAGUCCCUCCAAGCCCUCGAAAGAUUUAGCCUCUCCCGAGCCAGAGAAGCCCAAGACAAAGUCACGCAGAAGGAAUGGCCAUUGGGAGCGUAAGGUCUUGAAGCUGGCAGAGGACGGAACGACCACUACCCUGCCUCUACCUGGUACUGUCCACGAUCUGGCCUAUAUUGAUGUUCUGCCCGUGCGAGAGAGGGCCAGAGAUGACUACCUCUUCUUCGACAACUUUCCGAUUCGAGCUCCCACUCCAACACCCCCUCCGACGCCAAUCGAGAAGCCUCGUCAGACUCGUGCAUCCGGCAGUAAGCCGAAGGAGACCGCUCCCAAAAUGAAAGCACCUCGCGCGAAGCUCGUCAAGACAGUCGACGCCGGCUUGACUCUCUCAGGCAAAGCGCGGCAGCGACGAUCCAAAGAGGAGAUGGCCGAGCUGGAUUCGAAGACUGCUUACUCUGGAACAACAUGCCAUCAAUGUCGUCGCAAGAGCUUGGAGCCAAAGAUGUACUGUCGGCAGGUCGGCUACAUUGGUGAAUUAGCAGCGAUGCAAUGCGUCUUGAACUAUUGUCAAGGCUGCUGUUCGGUACGGUAUGGCAUUACAGAAGAUGACGAUGCCGGCGAGCAGUGGGAUGUGGGUAAUCCAGAUUGGACCUGCCCGCGCUGUAGAGGUAUCUGCAACUGUUCGCUAUGCAUGCACAAGGCCGAUAUGGCGCAUCAUCUUCCUCAAGGCGGACCUGGAAACAGGACUCUCACCUUGAGCAGUCUCCUCAAAGACAAGUCUGGCAAGAUGAAGUAUCGGUCCGUCAAGCAUUACCUGGAGGAAGCCAUGGGCGUGACACAGAUUGGACCGAAGCGUAUUCUUGCUGAGGCCGAAGGGUCUGAUUCCAUGCGAGCUUUACUAGCUGAUAUUGCCAGACUGAAAGAAGAAGUGCACAUCAUUCGUCAGAGGAGAAGACAAAGAGCUGUGUCUCGAAGUGCGUCCUUACCGGAAGACGAAGGAGCAGAAGGCUAUCUGGAUCUUCCCAUGGACGACAAACCUACCAAGCGCUCAAGAUCAGCUUCUCAAGGUCCUUCCGUGAUCGACGUGGCCGAUGCCCUCGUGGAGAAGAAUUCGCGCCCGAAGCUGACCGUGAAGCUCCGGAGACCACCUCAACCCGUCGAAUGUACAAAAGACAGUUUGGGUGCGACCUCGACGCUGGCGGCCAUCAUGGCCUGGCAGAACUCUCUGGAUGCUCACCAGUCUACUGUCUCCAACACUGGCUCUGCUAAAGAACGUCCAAGCACCAGAUCUCAUCGCUUAUCGAAGAAAUCUUUUGAAGCAAGGGAGUCUCACGUCUGGAUUAAAGGUGCAGCAGAUCAGUACGAAUCCGACUCAGACUUGGACAUGCUUGGUGAUAGCGCUCAAGGUCAAGAUGAGGAGGAAGCAGAAGAGCGCGCGGCCAGUGAUGAUAGUACCCUUACAUCUCUGAGCGAGCUCAUGUCUUGGCGACAAAGUAGUCCCUCGUGUGGAGCUGGCGUCGCUUCCGGAGAGAUGGACGAGGAACAGCAAGAUGCCCAUGAGACGACCGUUUUGGGUGCUUCUUCUCCACUUGCUGAAGAUGAAGAGGAGGAAGUGACCCAUGAGCAAAGCGAAGAGACAGAACCGCAAGACGCCCCUCUCCAAGCUCUCGCACCUCCUCCCUUCGAGCAGCCCUUUUUCUCCCCCAGCAUGCAAGCAGAUUCCACCUCUCUCGAGUUCAGCACCAGACCCACCACCAGCUACCUCGAGCCAACCAUGCCGCAACUUUCCUACAGCGCCGAUGCCUCUUCUGCCUCGACCUCCUCCUCUGCCGACUUUGGCCUCGCAACGAGACUGGCUUCCCCCUGGAUUACCAACUCCGGCCACAAUCCAUACUCUGCAAAGGGGCAGGGAUCCCUGGGCGUCGUGUCGCACUUCACGCACCAAUCCGCCCACGCGCACGUCCCAUCUCAAGACAUCUCGGAGCGACAUGGCCAGACCCAGGCCCAGUCUCAUGUCUCUGCAGGAGCGGGCGAAGAUGAAGAGGAAGAGGAGGAAGACGCUCCCCUCUACCCGACAACAUGGCCUUUGCGCUCGACGUCUAGCACAGACUCUAUUCGCUCAAGUGCAGCGACGCCUCUACCUCUACCUCCACAAGCCGCACUGCCGCCGCCGCCCCCGCCGCCGCCGCAUCAUCCGACCCAGAUGUUCUUCUCACCCACAUCUGCUUGGCAGCACAAGACUCGAACCUGAGCACUUCACUUACUUGUUCCCGUCUCAGAAGUCUUGCUCAGCGCCAUUUGGUUGUACUAUGCUUCUCUUCCUCUUCCCUACUCUUGCACAUGUCUCCCUGCACUUGAUCCCCCACACGCUUCGGUUUUUCCUUUUCUUCUUUAUGUCACGAGACUGUGAGUCCUCCCAACAUGUACAGUACUUUUUUGUUUCGAGAAGGUCCCCCUCUUGAGGCGAGGUGAGGCGGCUCGACUGAUUUGAGAUGAAAACAUUUUGCAUCCCAU